CUAUUUUCAAUAGAAAUGUAUUAUAUGAUGCAUAUUGAUUAGAUCACGUGACUUGAAAAUACAUCCGGGCACAUGUUCAUAAAUUAUUUUCAGAGCGCCAUUUUGAGUUUGGACACCAUUGUGAACAGUGCAUUCUUUGUGUGUUAAAUUGUUUGAUAAAUAUUGACUUAUUACUUUGACAAUUGUGCAGUGUUUAUUGUGUAUUGUGUUUUAAGAUUUGGAUUUUAUUGUUCGCAAAGGAAUUAAGAAAAAAGCUAACCAUGUCAUCUUCAAACGAGAUGCUUAUUCGAUCUUUGUUGGAUGAAUGCCUUGGAACGGCUUUAGAUGAGGUUGACAUUGCUUAUAUGUUCAAGAGAGGUCACUUAUCACCGGUGAAGAAAGCAAUAUAUGGGGAACCUAGCCCCGUAACAUGUGAAAGUUUGUGCGGUGGUCCCAGUAUGUGCGAAGUGUGCCAGUUACCUAUGGCUGACGGAGGAAUGCCCUUGUUCCAGAAAUGCAACUCAUCACCAAUGAGAGGUGCAGUAAUUGAACCGCCUAGCUCCGUAACAUGUGAAAGAGUUUUCUGCGGUCCAAGUACUUGCGAGGUGUGCCAAUUACCUAUGCGUGAUGAAGAAAUGGACUUUCCAUUAGAAGAAAUGGACAUGUCUUGUUUAAUGGUGUGCAAACCUUGCGUUUGCUGCAAACGAUCAUGCAGAUUUAAGAGGUUAUUGUUUGACGCUAUUGGUGAAGCUCUAAUCUAUCAGCACGACGAUGUACCUAAAACAGCAAGACAGCUACAGCACGUGAGGGGAGAUCUCAUAUUGGCACUGAGAGAGGUCACCAGUCGGCUAUCGCACUUAGAGAAUAAGACAGUACAUUGAACUUGAGUAUGGAUGAGAUUGAAAUUGAAGAAGAUGAUUUUGUAACGGUUGCAGAAGAGAAUAACAACUUCUUAAAUUCUUUGUACGAGCACAAUAGUUUAAUGUCAUUUUUGAAUAGAGGUAAAGUGAUAUACGCACGUAGCGUAUGCGUUGAACAAGCUGAUAGUGAUGUAUUUUUUAAGUAUGAGACUGAUGUAGAUGGUUGCGUUGUAGAAUUAAACUCGUUUAUAGGUAUAAAAAUGCCUGUUCGCCACUUGACAGUUUUUCACAGAGAUCAUUGCCGUAUGAUUAGGACUUUCUUAAAGAAACACGUGAACUUGACAAAGUACACUAGAGAUGUUUUGCCAUGCUUUAGUCACAGUGUAGGAUUCCAGUUGUUUUACGAAUAUGGGUGGGAAGGUUGGAUCGGCAUUAUACCCAGUCCAAGUAAAUGUAAACAUAAAUUUAAUGCUAAAAUUGUAUCAGAAAUAGGAAGUACUUACUUCAAAACAGUGAGGGUAUAUUUUCAAAAGAAAUUAUUUGCACAGAAAUCUACAUUGAUGAGAACAUUAGCUAAGAACGAUAUGAAUGAUGUACGUAACUUUUCCGUGUUGCCCGAUGAUAAAGACCGCAUAUUUGUUAUCUUACAAGAAGCCAUCGACGAGACUAAGUUGCCAGAAGAGUUUGAAAGGGUACUAUUUUGUUUCCGAUUCGGCGAGAAAUCGAGAAAUGGGAUUAAUCUAAAUGUUUUUAAUUUGUCUGAAGUAAAAGAAGUGACAGUGCACUCUGCUGUUGAUAUAUACAGUGACACAUUUGAGUUAAUGUGGUCCAUGUCCGGAUUGCAGGGCAUUGUUGGUAAUAGGGGCACCCUGUCAACAUGUUUAUCUUUUAGAGACUGUGGAAAUUUUCAGAGCAACCUUGAUGGGAAAAUGAUGGAUAUUUGUAAAGAUUUAAAAGAGGUAUGCCAUAACACGUCAGGAGAUAUAAGAUUCAUGCAGUUGUACGUCGAUGUACCGCAUCGUAAACCUAAAUCAAGGUUUCAUCCGGUGUCGGGUUGUAUUGCCGGUGGACUAGUGUUUCAUAAAGAAACGUAUUCAGCAUUCAAAGGAGAUGCUGGCAGGUAUAUUUCCACAUUGGAGAGUAAUUUCUGUUUUCUAGAGAAAAGCUCAUGCCGUUUGGAGGUUGUCCACACAGUAAAAGAAGUGAAAGAUGCCAUACAUGCCACGGACUUCAUAAACGUGCAGAAUGUGGUUUCACUUUUGAAAAAGUACCCACUGAUAGUGCCUUUUGACAUAGGAAUGGUAAGAGCUGUAAACCAUGUAGGUCACUAUAUAGUUACUAAGUUGAAAAGUCUUCUGGACAACUACUCCGGAACAGGAAAUAUAGAAGCAAUGUGGAGAGCGUAUCAGUUGGAACUUGCAGCGGAAAAAAUGUUAUGGGGAACUCCAUUCUCAAGUGUUAGCCAUUUGCUCUCGGUAAAUCUUGGACCAGGGCGACUUGAAGAAAGUAGAAGUUUAACAGAUCAGAAAGGCUUUUUAGCGUUAGAACGUUGGACAGCGUGUAUGGCAACUGAAUACAGCAUUCCUCCAUGCUGUCUAUGGAGUCAGUCUGCACUUAUGCAAAGAAUGAUAAGACGAUCAGCUGGCCUGCACGAUGUGUUAGGAAGUUGUCCCUUCGUUGUUGGUAGGCGAUUGGUACACAGCUUGAUAAUGGAUAUGUAUGAGGAUGCUAAAUUGCCUUGUAGAAUUGAAGAAUUUAAACAGGAGCUAUUCAUUGAACAACCAACAAUGUUUCGCGUUAGUGGUGGUGUAACAUUAAAGCGGCUAUCUGAUGUGCUAAGUGCAAAUAGAAGAGUUGGUACGCAUAUGGUAUUUGGCUAUCAGUGUAAACUGAUUCGUAACUCAAAGUCUGAUCUAGCUGAAGUGAUUGUUGAAGGUUUAAAGGACUUGCGUCUUAAGCACUUUCCAGUAUUGAAACUGUAUGACGUCCAUGGUAAUGCAAUUCUGUCUUGGGACAAACGUUAUGGUCUGUGGAAAAUAUUCUAUAAUGAAGAAACGUCUGGUGAACUGGUGCAAUGUCCUAUUACGCUAACCAAAUUGAUCGUAACAGACCUGGAGAUGCGCAGACUAGUGUAUGCAAGCAAGCUAAAGUCAGCUCCAAGCAGGUUUCCUUGGAUAGCCUCAUGUGUUAGAAAGUUAUCGCACGAGAAGCUAAAUAAUGAUCAACUCCUCUGCGUGUUAAGCUUUGUUUCGUGUAUAGCCUUAAUGAUGAGUGGGUGGUUCGUUGACUACAAUCAAUUGGAGGCGUUAUGUAAUGAUUUGCCAAUGAAGCAACACAGACUUAAAGAUCUUGAAAUUCAGAGUAAACUGUUAUUGUCACAGUUCAAUAAGAUACAGCUGUACCGUUUGCAUCACAGUAUUCCAUCACGUAUUGUCACGAAGGGGUCAGAAAACAAUGCAAGUACUCCAAAAGAGCAGCAACCCCGAAAAGAGGAAACUGUAUCGGAAACUGUACAAGUAGAGAGCGUUAAUACUUUACGGAUAUCUGAUGAUGCGGAAGAAGAGAAAAACGAGAGGAUUCAACCUCGCCUGCCGACGUGUCUACCAUUGACAAAAAGUAAAUUGAAGUGGGACAGUGAGGAAAUUGAAAUUUUGUACAAGGUGACGGGAAAGAAAAGAAAGCACGAUGAAGUUUACGAAUUGUAUAAGGCAGAAUGCCUGAAAGAGAAUAUACCUUUUCACGGGAAAGAGGCAUUUCGUCGGAAGUUACAACGUGUUGAGAAAGACAUGGAUAAUAUAUAGGUUAGGGUAUAGGCAUUUUGGCGAGAUGGGUCGCUGGAGAUGGGCCCGGAGCAAUCUGAUUGGCUGAAAUUGUCACAUGACAAAUAUGAAUAUAGUCACAUGAUACCAAUGUACUAUAUAUAGAAUGCGCUAUAUUAUAUAUAAAAUGUGCCAUUUUCUUCGCCCUUUCCUGAACAGACGGACUGACGAAUAUUUAAUAUUAUUUGUUUUAUAUUUAGAGGGGACUCUUGCGUAAAAUAUUAGAUAUAAUUUACAAAAAUAUCUUUAUUAAUAAUGUCAUGAUUAAUAAUUGAAUAUGACGUAAGACAGCAAUUUUCAUAUAAAAAUGUGUUUAAUA